AUGGCGGCCAUGGAAGAGCUGGAGAUUCACAGCAAAUCGUACUUUGUCCGUUGGAUCAAUGUCAGCGCAAACCACACCAUUUCUUGGAGUAUUCAACCGCACAAGAAGUCUGUCAACUUUGGCAUCUUUAAACACCCCGGUCAAUCCUCUGCUCUGAGCUCUCAUCUUCCGACCUCCGAUUCCCAGAGCACGGAUUCCACUGAGAAUCUCCCCGCAACAGCGGCAUCCACCGGCGCGCGACACCAAUCCGCCGUUAUCGAGAAGCUGACGGGGAUUGGUCUCAAAACAAUCAGAUGGACCGGCAAAUGUGAGGCAGAUAAGAUUACUCAGGGCACCUACGAUGUACUGGCGAAUGAAGCGGGCAAUUAUGCGCUCGUCUUCGACAAUACAUUUUCCAAACAAAUCUCCAAGACUUUGACACUUGUCCUUCUCACCUAUCCAACCGGCCUGCAGCCACAUGGUUCUGCGUCGAUCGCCACCCCACGUUUCCAGCCAGAGGCAUCAACCGAUUCGCUACCACAACCCAAGACUCGCCGACGAGGCAACAGUCGAGCUACCCUCAGCUCGCAACAUGUUGAUGUAUCCAAUCAAGUUGUUCACACUGGAGUGCUUCAGAAGCGCCGACGAAAGCGCCACCAAGGCUGGGCGCGUCGUUUCUUUUCUCUAGAUUUUAUCUCCUGCACGUUGUCAUACUACCAUGAUCGCAAUUCAGCUGCACUGCGAGGUGCGAUUCCGCUCUCGUUAGCGGCUGUUGCGACCAAUGAAAAGUCCCGUGAGAUCUCUAUUGACUCCGGUACUGAGAUCUGGCAUCUGCGUGCUAGUAACGAGCACGAUUUUAGCGCCUGGAAGCGUGCCCUCGAGAAAGCUUCCUCCAAGGAAGGCCCCAAGGACAACCACAAAUUUGGUCUUACCGCUCCUCCGGCGCUGCGACUUUACGCCCCGUUUCAACCCUCCCCGGCCGAGGACGAUGAAUGGAACCGCGUCGAGAGCCUUGUUGGUCAUGUUUCUGGAUCACGAGAUGCGAUACGUCGCCUUGCUAAGGACACGGACCCUAAGUAUCUUGCCUCUCCGCUUCCAACCCCUGUUGAACGGCCUCGCUCACGUGGUCGGUCCCCUAGUCCUCAGCCUAGUUCCCAUGAGGCCACUCCUAGUGAGGAUCACAAGCGGCCAUUUUGGAAGCGCAAAACUAGCGGGCAAUCGCAUACCAACAGCAGACGUCCACCAGCCGUGACCACGAAUUCUAGCUCCUCACAGCUGGUGGUACCUACUGGCGAUAGCAAGGGAAAGCCUGCCAGUAUCAUCAGCCAAUCUGACCACAUGGACGAAAUCCAUGACCAUUUGAUGGCGAUCUUGCGCGAUCUUGAUCAUGCUGUAUCUGAGUUCUCCACGCUGAUUGCUGAGAGCAAAGAGCGGCGGAACCCUUCUCGGCCACCUAUGGUUCCCCGGCGGAGCAUGGAGUCUGACAUGUCGCAAGAGUUCUUUGACGCGACAGAUGGAGGUGGCGACAAGUCCCCCCUCUUGACCAUUCAGGAUAGCGACGAGGAGGGACCCGAAGAGGACCGGCCCGUCUCUGCUGCUGAGGAAGUGGAGGACGAUGCUCCCUCUGAUAGCGAUGGUGAAUCCGAUGCGGCAGCAACUCGUCAAGAAAGCGGUACCGCAUCGGGCUUGUUCCCAGUCAAACCAAAAUCGCUGGCCCCACUGCCCUUGGACUUUGUAAAACGUCGUACGAACAUCCUCGCCCCAACAGUCCUGCCUCCAAGCUUAAUCGGGUUCUUGCGCAAGAAUGUCGGCAAGGACUUGUCCACGAUCUCGAUGCCCGUAUCUGCAAACGAGCCUAUGUCACUGCUGCAACGCGCCGCAGAGCUCCUGGAAUAUUCAUCUCUGCUGGACCAGGCUGCUCAGUCCACAGACCCUGUCGAACGCCUGAUGUACGUAACCGCCUUUGCCUUAUCUUCAAUCUCAAGCAACCGUGUCCGGGAGCGCUCCAUCCGCAAACCCUUUAAUCCCAUGCUGGGAGAGACGUUUGAGCUCGUCCGCGAAGACCGAGGGUUCCGUUUCAUCGCCGAGAAAGUCUCCCACCGCCCCGUUCAACUCGCCUACCAGGCCGACAGCAAAGAAUGGAGUCUCUCGCAGUCCCCAAUGCCGAGCCAAAAGUUCUGGGGCAAGUCCGCCGAGAUCACAACCGAAGGCCGCGUCCGAAUUACCCUGCACGGCUCCGGCGAACGUUUCAGCUGGACACCGGCAACAUCCUUCCUGCGAAACAUCAUCGCAGGCGAAAAAUACGUUGAGCCCGUUGGCGAGCUGGCCAUCACAAACGAGUCCUGCGGGCACCGUUCCAUCUCCACCUUCAAGGCCGGCGGCAUGUUCUCCGGUCGCAGUGAAGAAGUCUCGACCCGCGCCGUCGAUGCAAACAACAAACCGCUACCCUUGGGCUUGACGGGUUCUUGGCCUUCCUCGAUGACUCUCACUCGCGAUGGCAAUCCUACCGGUAACACGAUCUGGUCCGUCGGUUCGCUCGUCCCCUCCGCGCCAAAACACUACGGUCUUACGUCCUUUGCGGCGACCCUGAAUGAGAUCACUCCGAUUGAGGAUCAGCAUCUGCCGCCGACGGAUUCACGUCUGCGACCUGAUCAGCGCGCUCUGGAAGACGGCGACCUAGAUCGCGCGGAGGAGCUUAAGGUCCAGCUGGAGGAGGGCCAGCGUCGGCGCAGACGCGAGAUGGAGGCCGCCGGGGAGAAUUGGAAUCCGCGCUGGUUCACGCGGGUUGAUGAGGACCCGGAAGGGGAGGUUGCCUGGCGGCUUAAGGGUGGGAAGGAUGGGUAUUGGGAGGAGAGGGCCAGGGGGAGCUGGUCCAAUGUUAUUCCUGUCUUUGAGGAUUAG